UCUUUUCAAUUCAUUUAUCUGCAGGAAUGAUUGCGACUAUCAGUCUAGAGCUCACCGCCUGACUGAGGAGGUGAAAGUUGCGCCACAGGAAGAUAAACCGCAAAAGACAAUAUUGCAUGUAUACAUGAUUUUGCGUGUGCAUCGGAUGCGCGGUAUAGGGGAAUUCCUCGCGUCUUAAAAAGUAAACAGAAAAAUCGGUGGAUUUGAGAGUUUGCUCAGUCGCGUGAGGUGCAAGAGAUAGAGAGAGAGGGGGAGGAAGAAUAUCUGUGCGUGAUUUUGUGAUUUCUGCUCUCAGUCGUCUCGGCGAGUCUAGACUGAAGAUGCUCUUGGACGCAGGACCGCAGUAUCCCACCAUAGGAGUCACUACUUUCGGCUCCUCACGGCAUCACUCAACAGGCGAAGUCACAGAGAGAGAAGUGGCGUUGGGGAUAAAUCCGUUCGCGGAUGGGAUGGGCGCCUUCAAAAUAAACCACAGCUCCCAUGAUAUUGGCUCCGGACAAACGGCGUUUUCCUCCCAGGCGCCCGGCUACGCGGCAGCCGCACUGGGACACCAUCACCACCCGACCCACGUUGGCUCUUACUCCACGGCGGCUUUCAACUCCACCAGGGACUUUCUCUUCAGAAAUCGGGGAUUCGGGGACGCCACCGGCGCUCAGCACAGUUUGUUCGCCUCCGGAAGUUUCGCAGGGCCACAUGGACACUCAGAUGCAGCGGGGCACCUGCUCUUCCCGGGGCUCCACGAGCAAGCGGCGAGCCAUGCGAGUUCCAAUGUGGUCAACAGCCAGAUGCGGCUGGGCUUCUCGGGGGACAUGUACGGACGGGCCGACCAGUACGGCCACGUUACAAGCCCGCGGUCCGACCACUAUGCUUCGACCCAGCUGCACGGCUACGGCCCCAUGAACAUGAAUAUGGCCGCACAUCAUGGAGCAGGGGCCUUCUUUCGAUACAUGAGGCAGCCGAUCAAACAAGAGCUCAUCUGCAAGUGGGUUGAGCCGGAGCAGCUGACGAAUCCCAAAAAGUCGUGCAACAAAACUUUUAGCACGAUGCACGAGCUCGUGACCCAUCUGACGGUGGAGCAUGUGGGGGGACCGGAGCAGACGAACCACAUCUGCUUCUGGGAGGAAUGCGCCAGAGAAGGAAAGCCAUUCAAAGCCAAAUACAAACUUGUAAAUCAUAUCAGAGUACACACCGGAGAAAAGCCGUUUCCGUGUCCGUUCCCGGGCUGUGGCAAAGUAUUUGCUCGAUCGGAAAAUCUAAAAAUUCACAAAAGGACUCACACCGGUGAGAAGCCUUUUAAGUGUGAGUUUGAAGGCUGCGACAGGAGGUUUGCAAACAGCAGUGACCGCAAGAAACACAUGCACGUCCACACGUCGGAUAAGCCCUAUCUCUGCAAAAUGUGCGACAAGUCAUACACACAUCCAAGCUCCCUCCGAAAACACAUGAAGAAGGUCCAUGAAUCCACCAAUCCGGGCCCGCAACCGUCUCCAGCGGCCAGUUCAGGGUACGAGUCGUCCACACCUCCCACCAUAGUAUCACCGUCCACAGAGAACCAGAGCAGCAGCUCCAUAUCACCAGCAGCCUCAGCAGUACACCACACAACCAGCCACAGCACGCUGUCGUCAAAUUUCAAUGAAUGGUACGUGUAAAUAUUUUUGACAAAAAAAAAAAAAAACGAGGAAAGAAAAAACGCGAGAAAAAAGACUGCAGCAUUUAAAAAAAAAAAGAAAGAGAGAGACUGCUUGGAAUCAAAGACUUUAUCAAGUCAGCCAGUGAAACAUGGACUGAGAAAACACGGGAGGCCCAAACGAUCAAUUAAAGGCUGUCUUUAAUGUCAAUGAGAGAGAAUGCAUGGACAAAAAGGAGGCGAGGACAGCCACCGAGUUAAACUUUUUUUUUUCCUCUUCUGCUCCUCAAUAUUUUUCUUUGACUCUUUAUUUUUACUGAGAGACUUCCUCGAAAGAGAUCUCAAAAAGCAUGCGGGCCUGAAUUUUUGUACAUAAGGAUUUUACCAAGUUGGGGGUGGGGAAAAAAAUGUAAUAUUUUAUUUUGUAAAUAGUUCUAUCACAGUUUAAGGGAAUUUGUGAAAAUGUGGUCCCUAGAUAUAUGGAAAAAUGAGAUGGUUUUAAGAAUAUUGCGAUGAAUAGACUUCAUUGAAAAGAAUGUUAUAGUUGUGAACCAAAUGUGAAUUAUUCAGUAUUACUACAGUCUACACGUCGACCUAACCGACUCUUAGUAUUAAUGUGCUUUUGUAGCCUAUUCAGUGCAACAUUUUCGUCCAAGGUCCAGUUUGAGUAGCACAGUAUCAUUGUUGUUAUUUAAUGUCAUGUCGAUAAAUCGUGUAGUGAAAGCCUGAAAUUCCGUGUCAAUCUGUUUAUGUACGUGAUAAAUAUAAAAAAAAAAAAUCUCUGUCAAUUGCUUUGUCUGAAAGGAAGUAUUAUUACAUGUAAGUAGCUCAAUUUUCCAUAUUUAUCCGCAUGUAAAGGACCGGUAACAUGUUAGAAAUGAUCGGUAUUUAUGGAGAAAUGCGCUCGUAUGUAAAAUUUAGUUUACAAAAAAAUGUUUGGAUACAUUUCGUACUAUAUUAAAGGAUUAAAAAAUA